CUUUACUUAUUACCAUCAAUUCAGCAUGUCCACUCCUAAAACCCUGGCUCCUGCCACCAGAGAGGCUCCUCCUCGUUGGCUCAUCUCAUACAACUCCAUCUCAUCUUCUCUUUGGUCAGUGGUUUUGUUCAACACUAUCUUUCUUGCAUCAAUUGUAGGACAACCAUUCCUUUUCACCAAGACCAAUAAAAUCACCACCUAUAUUCAAUGUUUAGCGGUAAUUGAGAUAUUCAAUGCUGCCACCGGUGUCGUUAAGUCUCCGUUGUUUACCACCACCACUCAAGUCUUCUCCCGUUUGUUAAUUGUCUUGGGUAUCUGUCAAUUACUUCCAGACUCUCCAGCCAACUAUCAUUGGUGUUACACCACUUUGAGUUUGUCCUGGUCUAUCACUGAGAUCAUCCGUUACUCCUACUACGCCGCAAACUUAUCCUCGCCAGGCCAAGUCAACUCUUGGUUGACUUGGGCCCGUUACACCACCUUUUAUGUCUUGUAUCCUACUGGGGUCACUUCAGAAAUGUUGAUGGUUUACCUUUCUCUUGGUGAAGCUACCAAGACCGUCGGUGCUUGGUACUCAUACUUCUUGAUUGCCAUCUUAUUCACCUAUCCUCCAGGUUUCUACAUGUUGUACACCUACAUGAUCAAGCAAAGAAAGAAGGUUUUGGGUAAGACCUCUACAAAGAAGACGGAAUAAACUCAUAUAUAUGUAUACAUAUUAUUUUUUACGUACGAAU